AUGGACGUUGGCGCGAAGGAGGAGAGGGAUCAGGUGUGGUGGGGCCACCGCGCGUGGUCCCUCCUCUCCGCUGUCCGCACACGGGCGCCGCUAGUGCAGUGCAUCACCAACCUCGUCUCCAUGGACAUCGCCGCCAACAUGCUCCUCGCCGCGGGCGCCUCCCCGGCCAUGGUCCACUCCCUCCGCGAGGUGCCCGACUUCACCCCGCGCUGCGACUCCGUGUACGUCAACGUAGGUACGCUCUCCGAGGACUGGCUCCCCUCCAUGCGCACCGCCGCCUCCGCCGGCCGCCCGUGGGUGCUCGACCCCGUCGCCGCCGCCGCCUCCGGGUUCCGGAUGGAAGCCUGCCUCGAGCUCCUCUCGCUCUUCCCAGCAGUCGUCAGGGGGAAUGCCUCUGAGAUUCUCGCGCUCGCCUCCCGCUCAGCCGCCGCCUCUUCCAAUUUCAAGGGUGUGGACAGUUCACAUGGCUCUGUGGAUGCUAUUGAAGCUGCAAAAGCAUUGGCACUGUCCAACAGCGCUGUCGUAGCAGUAUCCGGAGCUGUUGACUUCAUCACUGAUGGCAAGCAGGUUGUCGGCGUGAGCAAUGGUGUGCCCAUGAUGCAGAAGAUCACCGCAACAGGGUGCGCUGUGACUGCUCUUAUUUCUGCAUUUGUCGCCAUGGAACCUUCGGAUGCCGUAGUUGCAGCAGCAUGUGCUCUUGCCAUCUUUGGUCUGGCGGGUGAGAUUGGGAUGGAGUCAGCCAAGGGGCCUGCCUCUCUUAGGAUGCACCUCAUCGAUGCUCUCUACUGCCUCGAUGAAGAAACGGUCACCUCUCGAGUUAGGAUUUCCUUGCGACCAUGA